AAGUAAAAUCAAAGAGAGAAGAUCAGUACCAAAGCAGUAUUGUGGCUUGAAGAAGUGAGGAUUUUUAGCAGACAAACAUGGUAAGGCAGAAAUCAUUUCCCAAAAUAUAAGCUGAUCAUUUUCUUGGAUUGUCCAUAGACAACAUUUUCCCAUUUUAUUUGUUGUGUUUUAUCCGCAGUCUGCCAUCUUCAACUUCCAAAGUCUCCUAACAGUUGUACUUUUGCUAAUUUGUACAUGUGCCUAUAUUCGAUCGAUUUACCCGGCACUUUUGGACAAGAAUAAACACGGGUAAGCGAUCGCAAUAAUUUGCUGCAUCUAGAGCCUCCUCUAUCUGUUUCAGACAACAACAGUGAGUGAUUAGUGACUCCAGUGUGUCAUGCCGGCGGCUCCGUGUCUGUGAUGACGUGGAAUUUGUCGGAAACACGAUUUUACGCUAAAAUGUCACUUUCCUUUCAUUUUAGUGUGAAUUUGAUAAUGAAUAUGUCCUUGAUACAUCAGUGCAUUUGUAACAAAAAAUUUUGGUUUUUACGUUAACUGCGCAAGUACAAUGCAUUUUUAAACAUGUGUAUGUGAAUGCUGGAGCUUGGGGGCUAAUCACAUCUGUCCUUAUCACAAGCGAGUGAUGAUUCACAGACACAGGGCCGGUAAUUGUUUUCUUUCUUGAUAGACGGAAAAUUCCUUUCCAACUCUAAAAUUUGGCUUUAACAAAGGGAAAUGUGGUCAGUCUUUCCUAAUCAUCAUAUUUUGUUAAUAAAUGAUGUUCUUGUUAUUAAAGAAUUGACCUUUUGUCCAAUGAAGCCUCCAGUUUAUUUUAUUAUUUUGGAAAAGUUGUUACUGACCAAACUUAAGGUUAAGCUGGCAAGAUGCUGACUAAGUUGCAUUUUUGCAUUUUUAUGGUGACAACAUAGUCAAGGUCCAUAAAAACACAAAUAGAACUACAGAAAUAAUUUUAUCCUUUAAAUUUUCUUAGAGGUAGUGGAAUUGUCCAUAUGCUUCAAAUGUAAAUUAUCAGCAUUACAACACACAUUGAAUGAUUGAAGCAAGCUUCCUUUCAGUUCCUAGCAACAGUGGUCAGUAGAUUAUGAGAUAAACAUUUAUGUAGGAGGUUCAAACUUUAACAUUCCAGUUUGGAAUUCCUGAAGGAUCUCAAGAAAGAGACAAUUUGCGUGAACUGGUCAGUUACUGGAAUCUUCCUUUUUCUCUUGGAUAGGUUAUUAGGGAUCUUUUGGAAAGCAGCAAGAAUUGGUAAGUUUAGACCUAAAGAAAGAAAACCUUUCAAUGUUGCAUUACGAAUUAGCUCCCAAAAAAUGUGCAACAAAUGGAAAACUUUUACUUGUUGAUGAUAAUUUAAAUCUUUACAACCUAACAUCACUAUGCAUAUCCUCUAUACUGUUAUGUAGACAUUUCCUAAGGUGCUGACAAGGAGAAAUUGUUGUACAUUAACCCUUUAACUCCCAUGAGUGACCAAGAUAGAAUUUCUCCUUACAAUAUCAAUACAAGAUCAACUAGAUAAGUGAUGAGAAUAAAGAAAAAUAUUGAUUUGGGGAUAAUUAGUUGAUCCAAUGCUAAAUUCUCUGAACUAACAUUACAAGAAUUGUAAAGUUGACAGUAAGGAGAACAACAAAUUUGAUCUGGGAGUUAAAGGGUUAAAGAGCUUCUUUAGUUGGUGAUCAUUCCCCUUAUUCUCCUGACAUAAAAUAUUUAUUUCAUUGGUGAUAUUGUGAGGAGAAAUUAGAUGCUAGUCACUCAUAGGGGUGGAAGGGUUAUAAUAAGCAGCUACAACUUAAUAAUCUCAGUCAGAAAUAACAACCCUCCUAAUGAUAAUUACUUCAAAGGCAAACUUUAGCAGCAUAUUCUCCUUGUCAGGACUCCAGGAAAUGUAUAGAGAACAGUAUGGAACAUAUAAAUACUCAUGUAAGGACUAAAAGAGUUAAGGAAUCCAAGAGAAUGUAAAUCAUGAAUUAUACAUCAUGAUAUUGACUACAAUUGUGCACCGAGUAUUGUAUGCUUCUGGCAACAGUUCAAGCCAAUUGAAAACUUUGUUCACUUCCUUAAACUUGUGAAAUUAGAGGUUGUUGAUUGGGUUUUAAUUGCUAGUGACCAUUAAAUUGAUCUUUUGUUAUUUUUCCAAAAGGUGAAAGAAAAAGUCCAUAUGUAGCUGUUUGUUGUAUAGCUAUGGCUGCAAGUAUUCUUUUCUGGCAGUGAGAAGAUUUCUCAGUUGUCACCCUAUGAAAAUUCCAGCAGAAAGUACAUGGUACAUAAGGAGGGGAUUGCAAGAUAGAGUGGCAGGAGAUGUUAUGACAUUCAUGGACAAUAUAACCCAGAAGUGGGAAGACAUGGUUGUAGUAUAGUGUAUUGUUUAACUUUGUGAAAUAGGAACAUAAAAUCAUUUUUACAAUCCUGAAAAUCAGUUAGAAAAAAACAGAGUCAAAGGGAAUGAAGUAAUAUAAUUUCAAAUGCUUGAAGAGAUUUUCUUUUUCAUUUUAUUUAAUAAUACCUUAAUGUCAACCAAAUUCUUUUAACUACAUGUAAACUAGAAUGAGUACUCAUUCUGAGUAGAAAAGAGUAAUGUUAAAAACUACAACACAAUAUGACCACUUCACCCAAGCAUGCAAGUUUUUGCUUUACUUAAAUCAUCAUGCUACAGUAACAUUGUUGAGGAGAAACAUUAUUGCUAUUUAAAGCUACCAGAAAUCUCUUUAAAAAGCAUCUUCACAACCAACUGACAUAACUGUUCUCCUUAACCCUUUCAUUCUCAAGAUCUCAUAAGUAGUUCUCCUUAGUGUCUGCCUUAAAAUUCCUGAAGUUAGUUUUGAGAAUUUGGUAUCGGAUUAACUAAAUAAUCCACAGAUUGAUAUUUUUUUCUUCUCAUCACUUGUCUGCUUGAUUUUGUAUUGAUAUUGUUAGGAGAAAUUCUGUCUUGGUCAUGUGUAGUAGUUAAAAGGUUAAAGAGGUUUUUCCUAUGGAUUGUGAUGUGCAGUAAAUAAUCAUCUUUGAAAACAAGAAAAGCACAUACAAAGUCAAAUUUGUAAUUAGGUGAAUCUUAAGACUGAUGUGCUCAUAUCAAACAUGCAACAACUUUUAAAAAUAGGUGCAAUUUCAUGUCAAUUUAGGAGAUUUAACAAUCACCCAUUUGGUACCCACUUUAGUAACUAAUUAAUCAUUUUGAUUAACUUUCACAAUUCAGUGCUUGACUUACAUGAAUUGUCUACAGCUGUUAUAAUACAAGUAUCACUGAGUGCCUGGAGGCUUUUGUCUUGGAAUUCAAGAGUGCCAAGCCCUUAAAAGUGGGAUUUGAAAAGUGAAGUUGUUUUGAGGCAAAAGUUACUAAUCUGUGACAUCCAUGCUCUACUGAAGCAUAGUCCUCUAAAACAGUUUCUGACCAAUAGAAUGCACAUAUAAAAUGUGUAUAUUCCUCUUGCACACACCAUUGCUAAACUGACUGCAACCUUGAAGCUACACGUCAUUAAAUUCAUGAAAUUUUUCUUGUGCUCAACAAUAUCAAGCUCUUUUGAAAUAAAUUCAGCAACUGAAAUAACAUUCAGAAACUGUUGUAAACCAAUCUGUUACUUAGAAACUGCAAUAAUAUUUGUAAUAGUUGUGACAGAAUAAUUAUGUAAAGGUAAAUUGAAUACAGUUGGAGAUAGAGUAGUUUCAACUGAGUGAUUUUUUGAGCAUUUUUAUGACCUUGUCAGUGGUACCUCUCUAAGUUGUUGCAUCUACCAG